GUGUGUGUGUGCAUCCACAAUGGGUCAAGAGGUUAUGUUUUUUCUUUGGCAGUAAAAUGUGACCUGCUAAUACAUUGCUGUCCAAUCAGCUGUUUGGGAACCCUGUCAAAUCCCGCCCCUUUUCCCUUGUCUAUUUUUUUGGGGGCCAGUGUAUAAAUGAGUUGGAGAGGAGCAACGUUCAGCAGAGAGAAGGACUUUACCGGGCCAGGACACAAUCUGAUGAUGUUUGUUGAUAAUUUAAUGAAGAAGGAGGUUUCUCUCUGCGUCUGUGCACAGGUUCUGUUAUUUUGUGCAGUGAUGUGUGUGAGACAGAGAGGAGAUCCGUGUUCACGCACAGACCCGUGUCAGAAGGAGCUGCGCUGUCACUACAUGGGAGGAAGCAGGAACAGGACCGGAGUUUGUGAUGCUCCUGAUGCAGAGCCCUGUGCAAUGGGCAGCUCUGUGUACCACAGCGGCGAGAUGUUCUUCCCGAGCUGCAGUUAUCAGUGUGUGUGUCGUGGUGGGCAGAUCAGCUGUGUCCCUCGCUGUAACCUGGAAGUGAUGCUACCAGGUCCAGACUGUCCGUUCCCACAUAAGGUGCAGGUUCCUGGAGAAUGCUGUGAGAAGUGGGUGUGUGACAGACAGGCCGAGAUCAGCAUGCUGGGGGGCCUGGCAAUGGCAGCAUACAGACAGGAAGAGACGCUGGGCUUCGAUCCCAGCAUGGAGUGUAUAGAGCACACAACUGAGUGGAGUGCAUGUUCUCGGUCAUGUGGGAUGGGAGUGUCCACACGCGUGACCAAUCAGAACCAGCGCUGUGAGAUGGUGAAACAGAGCCGGUUAUGUUUGGUGCGUCCCUGCCACACCCUAAACGAGCAAGAAGAGCCUCAGGAAGUUGGGGCUUGUGUCAGUACAACGCAAAGCCCCAGACCUGUCCACUUCACCUUCAGGAACUGCACGAGUGUGCAGGCAUUUCGUCCUCGGUUCUGUGGCCGGUGUUCAGAUGGUCGAUGCUGUACACCUCAUGCCACCAAGACAGCACCUGUGAGGUUUCGCUGCCCAACCGGAGCCACACUCAAGAGACCCGUCAUGUUUAUCCGUACGUGUGCGUGCCACCGUAACUGCCCUGCCGAGGACAGGGUUUCACAGCAUGGACCCAAGAUCGGACACUCCGCCUUUCUCACACGCUGAAGUCAUGUGGAGAAACACGGAGACUCUCUUACUGCUUCCACCGAGAUGAUACCUGACAGGAGCCAGGACCUGAGUAAAAGUUUAAACCACACAGUGGUCACGGCACCAUGAGCCAUCAUAAUUCACACAGAUCUUACUAAUCUUAAAGGCUUGUGCUCAGUUAAUCACAGAGAUCAGUUUAAAACAGCACAGACAACAUUCACUCAUACUAUAGCAUCACAGUUUGGUGUUAUUUCACUCCUACUGUAAAACAACACUCCACAAAGGCUUUGUAGCUAUUUUGUUAUUUUAGUUAUUCGCUUUUAUAAACAGCUUUAAAAAUCUAUAAGGUGAAUCAUUCUUGUCAGUCUGAUCAUCAACACAAAAUAGUGUUGUUUUAUUCAGCUGUCUGCCCUGAAAUUAUGUAAAACACCAUGUAUGUGUUUAAAGUGACAGAGUUAUUUAGCUCAGCAUCAGUUAUUCUUAAUGAUCCAAAAUAUAACCAUAAGAAGAAAAGGGAUUUUCUCUCUCUGGUUCUAGAUGUCUAGAUCCAACAACUAAAAGUACUGAUGAGUAAAUUACAUAACAUCUUUCUAACAUAUUGUUCUUCUCAAGUCAAUGAGGUUAUUUCUAUCCUCUCAGAAAGCAGGUCUUCUCUGAGCUGGACCACACUGACUCUCUCUAAUCAAUGAGAUGGAACUCAGUGAGAUGGAUAGAGAAUGAAAUACUUGGACAUGCUGUUCUAGCUUUUCACCAACCUAAUGCUCAGCAGUGUCAUACAAAUUCCUCUGGUGUUUGUGUGAGAGAGACCUCUCCCAGGCCCUGGCAUCAUAAAAGAACACCAGGAACGUCACGACCAAGUGGAUGAAGUGUGUCAGUGGUCAAAGGUCACGUUCACAGUGGACUGAAAGUUCAUCUAUAUGUUUAGAUUUUUUCCACAUACGUUUUUAAAAUACAUAGUGUUAGUGUUGGGUUAUCAGCUUGUGUCAUUACAUUCCUCAGCUUUUAAGCAGCUGAUUUGUGUCAUUAUCAUGAUAAACGCUUUAUAAUAAUAAAGCUAUUUUUAUACAUGA